AUGCUUUCUAAAAAAAGAAAAAAAGGUAAAAUCUCAGUUUAUAACAGUAAUUCUUCAUCAUCGCCAUCAUCAUCACCAUCAGUAGUAAUAGCUAGCAAUAUUAAUCUGUUGUCACAGAUUUUACUCCGUUUACCUUUGAAAUAUCUGCUUAUAUUCAAAUCUGUAUCAAAACAAUGGCUUUCUCUCAUACAAGAACCUUAUUUCAAUCACAAAUACUGUCUUCAAAACCCUCACUUAUCAGUCCAAGGAUUGUACUGGAAUGAAACCGAUUUAGGUGAAGACCGGCAAGAACCCGUGUAUGAGUAUAUCAAUCUUAAGGGGGAUGAGAAUGGUCGUUAUGUCCCAUUUAAAAGCAUUGCAUUGGAUGAUAGAUUUGUACUUGCAAAUGAUAGUAAGAAAUGUAUUUACUACAUCUUUGAUCCGUUCACAAAGAAAUACAGUAUUUUACCGAAAUCCAUACUAAGAAAGGGUGGGUUUACUUUUGCUGGCAAUGUUAACUUGGUUUACGAUUCACUCCGGUCACCAUAUUACAAAGUUAUAUGCUUAUGGGAUGUCAAAGAAAGGGAUUUUAAGAAAAGAAUCGAAGUCUACUCUUCGGAAACCAAGUCUUGGAAGCUUUGUGGUUGUGGAAAUGAGUAUAUAUUGCCUAAUUUGAUAGGAAAAUUUUCUGGUGUGUCGUGGAAUGGUAUGUUGAAUUGGCUUGCUUGUGGUGAUCAAUCUUUGGUUUAUUUUGAUAUUGAUCGAGAAGUAAUUGGGGAAGUGCCUCGGCCUCUCCAGGAGCUUGAUUAUCAAAGGUACUUUAGGAAGUACAGAAUUAAUAACUUUGACGAGUAUGGUGGCCACUUGUUUUGUGUGGAGGUUUCUCUUAAGAUAUGUUCACACUUGGACAUAAUGGAAAUGGACACCGAUUACACGGGUUGGAGUGUGAAGUACAAAGUGGAUCUGCAGGGACCAGUAGUUUCUGAUCCAAUUUUUGGUUAUAUUCGUGGUUACAAUUUAAUAUCCUUUCAUGAAGAAGUAGAAGAUUCACCGAGGUUAAUACUACUAAUACAUGAUAGGAAAAUGGUCAUCUCAUAUGAUCUUAAAAAUGCGAACUUUCAAGAACUCUUUCAUGUAGCAGCACCACGACAUUAUGCAAUGGAAGGUUGUUUAUACCUAAAAAUAUUUCCGGGCACUAAACAUGAUGAUUUUGGUGAUGAUGAGGAAAACAGGGUUUAA